AUGAAAGGACAGGGCAUUCUGGUGUCGUUGGGCCUGUCGCAUGUCGCGGUCACGAGGGACGUCCGGCCCCUGAGCAUCACGGCUUUGUCUUCGCGCCACGGAUAUUCGGUGCUCGAGUGCUGGCGGCUGGCGUCGACCCCUGUUGACUACAUGUCGGCAGCCAACUACCUUCUUGGGAACACGGCCGAGGCUGUGUGGUCCCGCAUCGAACCGCGCACAUCCGUCGGCGAGGCCUGGGCCCCGCACGUGCAAAUCACAGCACCCAGGCCCGAGAGCGGUCCAGGCUCUGUCAACGGCUCGGUGUGUCCUGCGUCUGCCUUGAAUAAUGGGCGGAACCGGCCGAAAACCGAGGUGGCGUAUGGCAUGCCCGGCACAGUGCAAUCGUCGGUCCUCAUUGCCGCGGACCUCAAGUCCGCCAGCAUCAUUGCCGGCCAUUUCACGGAAUUCCCCAGCAACGAGCCCACAAUCCUUGUGCAGGUUCCGUUCGCAAACAACAGGGCGCCUCAGCACACGGUUCUACAUGGCGGCCCCUGCCGGUAA